GGACCACGUCCUCAAAGUCGAAAAAGGCUUAUGGCACUGCCAAAGAUGAAGAGCAGCGCAAGAAAAGGCUCUUGACACCUUACAAGCUGGCACUCCAACUAAAGGAUCUUUGUGCUGAAGGUGACUUUAAGGGGGCCGUUACACGGCUGAAGAAUGUGCCCCUGGACGCACAGAAUGUUCCCGUCUGGAAUACGUUGAUGUCGGAAUGCGUGCAGGCCCAGCGACAUCAGCUCGCGUACGAGUUGUACAUAGAUAUGAAGCGUCGAGGCUUCAGUCCAACCACCGCAACUUACACAACUCUUUUCAUGGGUCUUUCGCGAAUCACUAACUGGUCUGCCCAUCCCAAGCAACUCACUCACGCCCACACUCUCUACGAGAACUUUCUCAAACAUCUAGAAGCUGUUAAAUUCCAUGAACCAGAUAAUAUGAGAGAGCUGAACACAACCCCCAUCACGCUUUACAUGAAAGUCCUGGGUCUGGCCGGAGAUUAUCAGAAGAUAUUCGACGUGUACUUCGCAAUGGAUCAAGAGGGACCUCUCACUCCCAACAAAUACGUUUUCACUACCAUGUUCCAGUCAAUCCUCGAGCGGCAAGUACGCGACAAAGCAGACGAGGAAAUCUCGGUUCAUAACCGCGCUGCGUCAGACGCUAAACACGUUUGGAUGCAGAUGGAGAAAGUCAUGCAGAAAAAUCCAAAAUUUGAGCUCGAUCCAUUCCUCAUCGGCUCUGCGCUCAAAGCUUUAGCGCGAGGACGUCCGAAUGAUCAGAGCUUUGCAUUAGAAAUCAUCCGCGACCACCUAGGGUUGACCAAACCCGGAGAAUCCGCUCCUCAGGGUUUCUC